AUGGGAUUGACGGCGACAUCGUCUCAGGCUCCCACGACAAAUCCAUCAUCGUACGGAGCCUCACCAAGGACGACAAAUCCUGCGGCAUCGCCAAGAGACGCCUCACCGGCCACUCCCACUUCGUCGAGGACCUCGUCCUCUCCUUCGACGGCCAAUUUGCUCUCUCCAGAAGCUGAGACGGCGAGCUCCGCCUCUGGAUCCUCGCAGCCGGAGUCUCCACUUGCUGAUUCGUCGGACACACCAAAGACGUCCUCUCCAUCGCCUUCUCCCUCGACAACCGUCAGAUCGUGUCGGCCUCCCGUGACCGUACGAUCAAGCUCUGGAACACUCUUUGGGAGUGCAAGGACCGGGACUGGGUCGACUCUUGCUGGUCACACUGGGUAUGUUAGCACAGUGGCUGUGUUGCCUGAUGGUUCGUUAUGUGCGAGUGGAGGGAAAGAUGGUGUGGUUUUGCCGUGGGAUUUGGCUGAGGGGAAGAAGUUUAUAAAAGUAUAA